AGGCGGUGGUGGUGGUGGUGGAGGUGCCGAGACAGGAGAGGGACGAGGGCGAGCAAGAACGAGGGUCAGUCUAGAAUGGAACGCUGACGUGUGCACAGUGCCAGCCUCGUUGUUCUUCUCUCCUCCUGCUGUACUCCUCGGCCACCAUGCCUUCCAGAUCAGAGGAUAUACUAGAAGGCUUCAAGAUAAACUGGAUGAACUUGCGAGAUGCGGACUCUGGCAAAGUUCUCUGGCAAGGCACUGAAGACUUUACCAACCCAGACAUAGAACAUGAGGCUCGGGUGCCUAGAAAAAUACUCAAGUGUCGGGCAGUCUCUCGAGAAAUCUCUUUUUCUUCAGUGCAUGCUAUGGAAAAGUUCAGACUGGAGCAGCGGGUAUAUUUCAAGGAUCGCAUGUUGGAAGAGUGGUUUUUUGAGUUCGGCACUGUGAUUCCCAACUCCACCAACACUUGGCAGAGCUUGAUAGAGGCAGCACCUGAGUCACAAAUGAUGCCAGCCCAAGUUCUCAGUGGGAAUGUUGUGAUAGAAACAAAAUUCUUUGAUGAUGAUCUUUUGGUGUCAACAUCAAAAGUACGACUUUUCUAUGUCUGAUUCGGCUGUUCAUCCCUACAUUUACUUCACACGGUUUCUUCGUCUCCAAGGUCCUUCAGCACUUUGGUGGAAUUCACUGCUAGCUAUGUCAUUUUUGUCGGGUUUAUAUGGUAGUUUCCCUAUUAUUUUUAUACUAAUUCUUAUGUUUUUUGUAACGCUCCAAUGAAGGAAGCUGUGUUAAGAUAGUUUUGUAAAAAUAAUACAUACAUAUAUAUAUAUGAGAAAUAUGAUUUAAUGUAUAUAAGUGUACUUACCUUCCUUUGUUUCCCCACUGGCUGCCUUAUUCACUGCAGUACACUUGUAUUGCUCUGUAGUACUUUCUGUAAAACAGUAGAAGUACCAGUGAGGAGUUAUCCAAGACAUUUUAUUUUGCUGGUACAAAACCAUGCUUUCUUUGGCACAAAUGUGAGCUUAUUUCAUUAUCAUCUUUCACUUUUUAUGCUAAUUUUGAACAUCAUUCCUGCAUAAUAAUGUACACAAUAAUAUAAAAUUACUGUUCUAUGUUGAAUAUAAGGAUUACUUGAGUGGGACACUGUGAUCUUAUCGAGGUGCCAUGGGGAAUAUUAUGGCAAUGUAUCCUGCAUGUGUGUGGACUACUAUCACCUUGUUAACUGAAAAUUGUGGUUAAAUAAUCAAGACAAUACUCACAUUGUAAAUUAUAUUUAAUUUUUUUUUUUUUAAUUCUAUGAAAUUAAUCAAAUCUAUAUAAUUCUAUUUACACUUUUCAAACAAUUUGGAAGUGGUGAUAUGUAUAUAAUUGAUAUACAAUUGUUACAAGUUCCACAACAUGUAGGCUGCCAAUAUUCACUUGUACAGCUUAAUAGCAUACAUAUUCUCGUUUAAUUAUUUUUUACUUUAUAUGAAAGCCUGCAUUUUUUAUCCCAUGUUUGAUUUUCUUUUCCUUUUAGAAAUUAUAAAUGCAUUUAUUAUAUAAAAUCCAUCUCACUAGUUACAUUCAUCUCAGUUUAUGAUAAAAAGCAAAGCUUAUAUGGAAUGAUGUAAAAGAAAGAUGAUUUUAUAACAUGAUAUGCAUUCCACCAAAAUCCAUUCUUUGAGAUUGAUCAAUUUGACACCAGAUGUGGUGAUUGUGAUAAAAUGUUGACAUUAAACUUGUUAUGUGUUCAUCUUUGGUCAACAUUAUGCAGAUUAAUAGAUGUAUUCAUUUCAUAAGCUGUAUCGAAUUGUAAAUCAUAUUUUUGUGAAAUAUUCACUGUUGAAUCAUCAUUGCUUUGUGUUUCUCUACUGUCAAAAUCAUCAUAAUAUUACACACUUUGCCAAGGUGAGUAAUCAUAAUUUUAAGGUGAAUUUCUCAAGCACAAGCCAUUUUAGUGGGCAUGGAAAUUUCACCAUUAAUGGAAUGCAAUUUUUAGUACCAUAAAUGAGGAAGAAAAUGUUUUCAAA